AUGACAAAUGAAUUAUUUGUUGAUGGUAUCUGUGAACUAGAUGAUAAAGCAAUUCAAUCUUAUUUUUCCAAAUUUGGUUCUCGUAUAAUAAACUAUGAAUCUCAUCGUCAUCGUCCAACAAAUUCAUGUUGUUUUGCUUUAAUAUCAUUUGAAUCACAUCAUACUGUAAAUGCUAUUCUUCGUCAUCGACCACAUUCAAUUGAUUUUUAUUCAUUAUUUGUUAAACGAUUACUUCCACCUGCAUUAUGCUCAUUUAUCGAACGUCUUUUGCCUGUAUCAAGUAUAUUCGUCUAUAAUAAAUUAACUAAAGAAUUCGAUGAAAAAAAAUUAAAAACUUAUUUUAAAAAUUUUGGUUAUAUUCUAAAAUUUGAACAUGAUCAUGUUCAUAAACGUUUACUUAUUGAAUAUGAUGAUUAUGAUUCGGUUGAUAAAAUAUUUUUAAAUAAAGAAAAUUUACCAAGAAAUAUUGAUAUACAUAAAAAUAUUUUACCAUAUGCACAAAAUACUAUUCAAUAUCAUGGUAUGUGUCGUCGUAAACAAGAAGAUGAUAUAACAAUUGAUGAAAAAAAGAAAAAACGAAAUAAGAAGAAACAAUAUCAUACUGAUGAUGAAUAUCAAAAUUUAUUACAAAAGACUAUUGAAAACUUAAUAAACUGUAAAGCUCAAUUAAGAAAUAAAGAAAACGAUUGUGUUAUUCUUCAAAUGGGUAAGCUUAUUUAA